UUCGCGCCUACGCGGUACAGAGACGUAGACUACGUUCUACGGUAAAUUGAAGUGGCCGGUGUAGUAGGAAGUCGUUCGACUGCAUCCUGGUCUGCUCGAAGACAUCGACCUUUUCUCGGAUCAAUGCAGGCUCUCUCGGCCGCGUAAGACGAAUAACUUCCCCUUGCGCAUGAUUAAACGUAGUAAGAAAAAUGCCGCCCGCGACAAGAACAUACCAAACAAAGUAUGGCAGCAAAUACUCAAGACCGCGGUAUGGACACCGCCGCGAUGUCGGUACAACGAGGCGCACAACACUCAUCUCUCGAUGCGGCUGAAUCUUCUGUUCCACUUGGCCAGUACCAUAACCGCUGCGAAUAUGUACUACACUUACCCAAUCUUGGACAAGGUCGCGGCCAGCUUUGAGGUCAGCUAUGAACGAGCAUCAUUGAUUCCAACCCUCCUCCAAGCAGGCUAUGGCACUGGCAUCUUGUUCAUCUGCCCACUGGGCGACAGCUUGCGACUGCGGUUUUUGUUGCUGGGUCUGAUCAGCUUCACCAUGGUUAUCUGGGUAGCGCUGUGCUUGACACACAGUUUCCGAGCAUUCUGCGCUCUCAGCUUCAUUGCAGGCUUUACUACGGUUACGCCGCAACUCAUGCUUCCCUUGGCAAGCGGUCUCGCACCUCCGGCUCGCAAAGCGGCUGCAAUCUCCAUCGUGUUCUCCGGCUUGAUGCUCGGUGUCUUACUCCCGCGUGUGCUCUCUGGUGUGGUGACUGAGUUUGCUCCGUGGCGGACCGUGUACUGGAUUGCCCUCGGUUUGCAAUGCCUGCUCUUUGUCCUUCUCUGGAUUUUCCUGCCAGAUUACCCGUCCAUCAACACAAACGAAAUGCCCUAUGUGCGUUUCUUAUGGAGCAUUGUCGAGGUGGUCUACAGGCAACCGGUCCUGGUUUAUGCAUGCAUCAUGGUGUUCUUCUCGAAUGCCGCGUUUGCCUCAUAUUGGACUACUCUCACUGCGUUGCUUACUUCACGCCCCUACAAUUACUCACCUUUGCAAGUCGGACUAUUUGCGCUGAUCGGUGUGGCGCCCUUGCUUCUUGUGCCGCCCUACAGUCGGUUCGUCAUCGAUCGCUUCGUACCCACAUUCAGCGUCACACUUGAAAUUCUGUACGCCAUGGCCGGUGUCCUAGUCGGUGCAUUUACUGCUACCCUUAGCAUUGCGGGUGUUGUUAUCCAGGCGCUAGCACUCGCUUCGGCGUUCAAACGGCCAGCGUCGCAUAUCGCGCGGCCAUAUAUGCCUCGCUUCCGUCUGCGCGCAAUCGCGUGAAUGUCGCGUACACAGUCAGCGCAUUUGCUGGCCGACUAGCCGGCACGAGUAUUGGCAAUAGGCUGUACGCACAAGGCAGGUGGACUCGUAGUGGAUUGUUUAACAUUAGCCUGCUAGGGGCAGCGUUGAUCUUAGCGCUCUCGCGAGGUCCCCGGGAGGUACGUUGGAUUGGAUGGAAGGGAGGACUCAGUGUACGAAGGAGUGAUCUGGAAUGAACCUUUAAGUGUAGAAGAGUAAAAUGUAGGAACUCUUAACUGAACGAUUCCUUUAUUAUACGGGAGAGCUUGUAUGGAA